AUGUACGAUACUGUCAAAGGCUCCGACUGGCUUGGGGACCAAGAUGCGAUUCACUUCCUGUCCCGAGAGGCACCCAAGGCUGUCUUUGAACUUGAGAACUACGGUUGUGCGUUCAGUCGUACGAAGGAAGGAAAGAUUUACCAGCGAGCUUUCGGUGGUCAGUCAUUGAGGUUCGGUAAAGGUGGUCAAGCUCACCGUACUUGUGCUGUGGCAGACCGUACGGGUCACUCUUGCACCGGUGACGGAAUGGCAAUGGUUUCGCGAGCUGGGAUCCCACUUCAAGAUAUGGAAUUCGUACAGUUCCAUCCAACUGGAAUUUAUGGAAGUGGAGUACUCGUCACCGAGGGUGUAAGGGGCGAAGGUGGAUACCUGAUAAACUCGGCAGGAGAUCGUUUUAUGACUGAGUACGCGCCUGUCGCCAAGGACCUCGCGUCGAGGGAUAUUGUUUCCAGGGCGAUGACACUCGAAAUACUUGACGGAAGAGGUGUGGGGCCCAAAAAAGAUCACCUUUACCUGCAGCUCUCGCAUCUACCUCGAGAAGUAAUCGAAAAACAGCUGCCGGGCAUUUCCCAUCUGUCCUGGGUUUUCGCUGGCGUUGAUGUAACAAAAGAACCAAUUCCGGUUAUACCUACAGUACAUUAUAACAUGGGAGGGAUCCCGGGUAACUACAGAGCUCAGGUGCUUACGCGAGAAAACGAGAAUGACAGAGUAUUGGACCGUUUGUGGGCUGCUGGUGAAACUGCAUGCGUAUCCGUUCAUGGUGCUAAUCGUCUCGGAGCCAACAGCCUAAUUGAAACGCUGGUCUUUGGGAAAGCCAUCGCGGAUAACAUAGACUGCAUGAUGCGCCCGGGUGAACGUCACGUGGAUCUUGCUCCUGAUAUUGGACAGCAGUCCAUUUGUCGCUUCGACGCGACUCGUUACAGCCAGGGCAACAUCACCGUGGCAACUCUGCGGGAAGAAAUGCAACGGACUAUGCAUAAAUACGCCUCUGUAUUCCGUUCUUGCGAUAUCCUUCAGCAUGGUUGUCGAGAAAUGACUCGAUUGUAUACGUGUGAUCUACCGAAUCUUUGCGUGCAAGAUACUUCACUGAUAUGGAAUACCGAACUGGUAGAAGCCUUGGAGUUACAAAAUAUGAUGCUUAACUGCAUGCACAUUAUCUACGCUGCAGAAAAUCGGAAAGAAUCACGAGGUGCUCACGCGAGAGAAGAUUACAAGGAACGAAUCGACGAGUACGAUUACUCCAAGCCUUUGGACGGGCAGAAAAAACUUCCUAUUGAGAAACACUGGCGCAAACACACUUUGACUUGGGCCCAGGACGACGGUUCUAUAUGCAUUACCUAUCGGCCGGUAAUUGAUACCACUCUGGACGAGACUGAGGCGGAACAUGUGCCACCAGCAGUACGUAGUUACUAACAAGGUUGGCGUUAAGCCGCCAUAAGGUCCAGAUAUGCAUACACAUAGUUGCAUAAACCGGUUCAGAUUGCAACGAUGAUAAAUCAAAAACGGGCAACUGAUAAUAAACUCGUUCCAAGAUUCUCUGGGCUAUGUAUGAGUGUGAGUGCAGGCUGAUAAACUACAUAUAAGUAAAUAAUUUCCAGUUGUACCUACACCGCUUCUUAGUUUGUCCUUGGUAUGUGUUAUACCUAUGAUGCUUUUUCCUCGUAUUUACGUUACGGUGAUAAUUCGCGGUGUAAGAAAAUGAAUUCCUUUCACAAUUCGAUUGUUUAUUCUUGUGAUUCGCUGACUUACGUUUCGUAUAAUUUCAUCUAUGCCUACUUUUCGUCUAAAUAAAAGCACGCACGUAUAUAUCUCGAGUGUCGUAUCAGAAAGAUGGUAUAAGCAUGAGUAAACAGCUGCAACUUCUACCGGAUGGAAAAAUAUUAUUCACAGACAUCAUGUUUUCACGUAUUUAUUUUAUUUAUAUACGAUUGUUUAAAUCGAUCGAGCUUAUGAACACUGUU